AUGAAAUCACAUAUUGCUCUCAUCCUGCUCUUUUCACUUGCCCUGAUAUGUUACAUUGAUGCAAGAAAAGACCCUGGAGAAUACUGGAGAGAUGUGAUGAAAGAUGAGCCAAUGCCUAAAGCAAUCCAACAUCUUAUGCCUCAACCACAUAAAGAGAAAAUCGAUCGUCACAAAUCAUCUUUUGAGCCAAUUCCUAAUGUAUUUAGUUACCAUAAUGAUGAGGAUGGUCUGAAACAAGAAAAGGAUUUCGAGCAAAAUGCAUCUGGUUAUCAUGAUGAUGAUAUUGGUCUCAAACAAGAAAAAGAUUCCGAGCCAAGGCCAAAUGUAUCUGGUUAUCAAGUUGAUGAUGUUGAUCUCAAACAAGAAAUAUAUUUCGAGCCAAGGCCAAAUGUAUCUAGUUAUCAUGAUGAUGACAACGUUGGUCUCAAACAAGAAAAAGAUUUCGAGCCAAGGCCAAAUAUAUCUAAUUAUCGUGAUAAUGAUAACGUUGGUCUCAAACAAGAAAAAAAUUUCGAGCCAAGACCAAAUGCUUCUGUAUACCGUAAUUGA